GGGAGUGGAAAAAAGAGGGAAGGAAGGAGGAAGGAUGAGAGCUAUGAAGAUAAUGUUUCUCUAUGUAGCCUGUGAUUUACACCUGCGAUGAUCUAAAGCAAAGCAAUACAGACCCUUCUCUAAAAGCCAUAAAGCAGUCCUCUAAUGUGAUGCACAGAUUUGCACAAUCAAAGCGACAUCGCGCUUAUAUCGGGUGGAUGUAAUAAUUAAACGUGAACGGAUAUUGUGUUUGUUUUAUCGGGUCGGUCCUGCUGGAGCUGCACCGGGCCUUUACUAUGCAGUAAUGGAGCAGCUAUUAUUUCUUGUAAUUUUCUACUUGCUUCCUACUCUCAUCUUGUCCAUACAUAAUUCAACGACCGGAGGAUGUGCAAUCAUUCGUCCCCCCAGAGACGGAGGGAUUCGCUACAGAGGACUGACUCAGGAACAGAUCCGAAGUGUGCAGAUCUUGCCGGUAGACUAUGAGAUAGAAUAUAUCUGUAGAGGAAGCAGAAUUAUUGUGGGGCCCAAGGUCCGAAAAUGUCUCCCCAAUGGCACCUGGACUGACAUGAACCAGCUAAGCAGAUGCUUAUUGGUUUGCCCACGUUCCUGGAUGUCUCUGGAGAACGGGAGGGUGGCGCUGCUACCCCCUGGACAACCAGUAGAGGGCACAGUUCUUCACUAUAACUGUCAUGCUGGCUUCCUAUUGGAGGGUUUCAAUAUCUCACACUGUACCAAGCUGGGAAAAUGGGACUCGCCUAAACCCUUCUGUUUCUAUGACAGUAACUAUACAGGGAAGAAGAAACUGUACAUCGGAGCACUGUUUCCCAUGAGUGGAGGAUGGCCCGGUGGUCAAGCGUGUCUCCCCGCAGCCCAGAUGGCGUUAGAUCUCGUGAACAACCGGACCGAUAUUCUGCCGGACUACGAGCUGGAGCUCAUUUAUUACGACAGUAUGUGUGAUCCAGGAGAGGCCACUAAACUGCUGUACGACUUGCUGUACACAGAGCCCAUAAAGAUCGUCUUGAUGCCGGGCUGCAGCUCUGUGUCUACGCUUGUGGCCGAGGCGGCACGCAUGUGGAACCUUAUAGUGUUUUCAUACGGCUCCAGUUCUCCAGCUUUAUCCAACCGCCAGCGCUUUCCCACUUUCUUCCGUACGCACCCGUCAGCAACUCUGCAUAAUCCCACACGUGUGCGGCUCUUCCAGAAGUGGGGAUGGACCAAGAUUGCCACCAUCCAGCAGACCACUGAAGUCUUUACCUCAACUUUGGAUGAUCUGGAGGAGCGUGUGAAGGAGGCCGGCAUCGAGAUAAGCGUUAGACAGAGCUUCCUCACGGAUCCCGCAGUGGCUGUCAAAAACCUGAAGCGUCAAGAUGCUAGAAUCAUAGUCGGCCUAUUUUACGAGACCGAAGCCAGAAAGGUGUUUUGCGAGGUCUUCAAAGAGAAACUCUAUGGAAAGAAGUACGUGUGGUUCCUCAUCGGUUGGUACGCAGACAACUGGUUUAAGAUCAAAGAUCCAGCCAUCAAUUGCACAGUGGAGAACAUGACGGAAGCCGUGGAAGGGCACGUCACUACUGAAAUCGUCAUGCUAAACCCGGAGACUGUCCGCGGUGCCUCCAACCUGACCUCCCAAGAGUUCCUGGCCCAGCUGAUGUCACGUCUCGGGGGGAAGAAUCCAGAAGAAACGGGUGGAUUUCAGGAAGCUCCGCUGGCGUAUGAUGCUAUGUGGGCUCUUGCACUGGCCCUCAAUAGAACAGUGGCUCCUCUGAGGGCCAAAGGUUGGGCACUGGAGGACUUCAACUACAACAACAAGGAAAUCACUGCUGAGAUUUACCGAGCCCUCAACACAAGCUCGUUUGAGGGAGUGUCUGGUCAUGUCGUGUUUGAUGCUCAAGGUUCACGUAUGGCCUGGACUCUCAUUGAGCAACUGCAAGGUGGGAGCUACAAGAAGAUUGGAUACUAUGACAGCACAAAAGGCAACCUGUCCUGGUAUGGAAACGACAAAUGGAUUGGCCUCGGCCCACCGGCAGACCAGACCAAGGUGAUUGAGGAGUUUCGUUACCUUUCCCAGAAGCUCUUUGUAUCAGUGUCUGUCUUUGCUGGGCUGGGAAUCCUUCUGGGCAUAGUUUGCCUUUCCUUCAACAUAUACAACAGUAGCAUCAGAUACAUUCAGAACUCUCAGCCCUAUCUGAACAACAUGACGGCGGUGGGUUGUGUGCUGGCUUUAGCAGCUGUCUUUCCUCUGGGCAUCGAUGGCCUUCAUAUCCAAAGAUCACAGUUCCCCGUGGUGUGCCAGUUUCGCCUGUGGCUGCUUGGACUAGGCUUUAGUUUAGCCUAUGGUAGCAUGUUCACCAAGAUCUGGUGGGUUCACACCGUCUUCACCAAGAAAGAUGAGAAAAAAGAGAAGAGAAAGCAUUUGGAGCCGUGGAAGCUGUAUGCGACCGUUGCAGUUCUGCUGGCUAUUGAUGUUCUCUCUCUGCUUAUCUGGCAGAUCAUGGACCCUCUGCACAUAACUGUGGAGAAGUUCACUAAAGAGGCUCCUAAAGAAGAUCUAGAUGUGUUGAUUCAGCCUCUUCUCGAGCACUGCAGUUCAGAGAAGAUGAACACGUGGCUUGGUGUGGUGUACGGCUACAAGGGACUUCUGCUGCUGCUGGGAAUCUUUCUGGCCUACGAGACCAAGUCCAUUUCCACGGAGAAGAUUAAUGACCAUAGAGCAGUUGGCAUGGCCAUUUACAAUGUAUCUGUGCUGUGCAUGAUUACUGCUCCGGUGACCAUGAUCCUCUCCUCUCAGCAGGAUGCUUCAUUUGCAUUCGCCUCCCUGGCCAUCAUCUUCUCUGUCUACAUCACCCUCGUGGUGCUCUUUGUGCCCAAGAUACGGCGUUUGAUCACUCGUGGCGAGUGGCAGUCGGAGCAGCAGGAAACGCUGAAAACCGGCUCGUCCACCAACAACAACGACGAGGAGAAGUCAAGACAGCUGGAGCGCGAGAACAGGGAACUCCAGAAGAUCAUUCAAGAGAAGGAAGAAAGAGUGACGGAGCUGCGGAAUCAGCUUGCAGAACGGCAGGCCUUGCGCUCUCGCAGACGCCCGUCUGUCCCGAAUCAGAACCAGAACCACAGCGUCCCGUCGUCUCAUGCCGAACCCCCCAGCUACUGCCCCGCAACAGACAAACAGUCCCUGCCUCCAUCCUUCUCCAAUUCUUCCAACCUGUACCAGGGUGAGGGCAAACUGAGCCGAAACAACUGCCACAACAGCCGCCUGCCCCUGCUGUACAAAUGAGUCUGGGCUGGUGGGAUCUCAAGAAGUCGAAGUAAAGUUGCGUCUGUAGUUUAUGUACUUUAUUUUGAAUUCAAUGUGUUUUUAACUCCACUUUUGGAAUCCUGACCCUGACUUCCUAAUUGUUCACUUUUGAUAACUGCAUCUCAGUUAUAAAAGCACAUUAUUUUUUAUUUUGUAAUCCACUUUCUGCUCCAAAUACUCUACUAUUCAACGGUUUGAGGUCAGUAAGAUUUUUUUUUUUAAGUGUUUGAAAGAAAUCACUCACCAAGGCUGCAUUUAUUUGACAAUAAUGUUGUGAAAUAUUAUUACAGUUUAAAAUAACUGUUUCUAUUUUUAUAUAUUUUAAAAUGUAAUGUAUUCCUUUGAUGAAAAGCUGAAUUUUCAGCAUCAUUACCCCAGUGUUCAGUGUCACAUGAUCUUUCAGAAAUCAUUCUAAUAUGCAGUUUUGCAAGAAAUAUUGAUUAUUAUUAUCAUCAGUGGUGAAGACAGUUGUGCUGCUGAUUAGUUUCGUGGAAACCAUGAUACUGUACAUUUUACAGGAUUCUUUGAUGAAUAGAAAGUUCAAAAGAACAGCUUUUUUUAUCCUUUGUGACAUUAUAAACAUAUUUACUGUCACUUUUAUUCAAUUUAAUGCAUCCUUGUUGAAUCAAUAAAAAUAAUAAAUAAAUAAAAAAAACCAAACUUUUGAAUGUUAGUGUAUAAGGAAAACAAAAAUAUGUUGCACAGUCAUUGAGUGUGGUGCUUUCAGACAAUAAAAAACAGUGAUGUCAGGAAAUAGUAAUCAAACCUUCUGAAUAGCACAAAUAAUAAUUUCUUAUGGACUUGUCCUUUAGGUUAUGUUGAGGCAUUUGCAAUGAAAGGAGGAUUUAAAAGCAAAAAUAUGAAGAUAAAUCUGUUGAACCGUGUGUAUUAUUAGAGCUAUAAAGUUGUUUAAAAAGUAAUUUUACUGGAUUGUUUUUGGUGUUUCUCUGUGAUAGCAUCAGUUUAUUAUACUACAAUCAUGUAAACAUGCAUAUCAUGUGAAUUUACUUUUGAAGCAGUGAGAAUUUAAAAUCAGCAGUCAAAUGGAAAUUUCAAUGUAAAAAUCCGUUAAAAAUUUUAACUUGCAAUGUUUAAUAAUAAUUUCAUAACAUAAUUAAUUAACAACCAAUUAAUAGAACUAAGUUUCGCACCAUGGGCCCUAUUUUAACGAUCUAAAUGCAAAGUGUAAAGCGCACGGCGCAGGUGCACUCAGGGCCUGUCCAAAUCCACUUUUGCUAUUUUAAUGACUCAAAAACGGUCCUAUGAUAGGGCCCUAUAUGUUAAUUAGUUUUUGAUAAUCCAAUACUUUUAUAAAUACUUUUGUUUCAUUGUGAACUGCUUUAAAUGUUUAGGCCCAUUCACUUCCAUUGGAAAUGCCUCACUAUAAGCCAAGCCUUCUUUGUUUUAGAGAAAAAGAGGGUUUUUGUUCCUUUAAGAGAGUGUUAACGUAAAGGCCAGAUUGACUGCUGUCUAAAUGUUAGAGAGCGACUUGAAUCAGGUUUGUCCUCUGUCAUUAUUGUGCCCUUGACCGUUGCACUAAAAUCGGAGUUCUUCAACGGGAACUGAUUGUUUUUGCAAUUGGUACUCCGUAAAUCCCUUCGGAUAAAGCGUCUUUUAAACAUUAGGACAGGGGUGUUUAGGAAGGAUUGUGUGGGUGCUAGAGCCAGACCUGCUCAAACGUGUCUCCGUGCUUCACUUAGCAUCUGACGAGACUGUCACUUUAAUGGGACAGACCUGGCAUUGCACAAGCAGACGGUAUCAGAUGAAUUGUUCUCUCUCUCUCAUCCAGUUCACAAAGGAAAUGAGACAAGGUUUUAGUCGAACCUGUGAUUUACUUACUCCUAAAGGUAUUUGACCCGAGUCUGGUCGAUACUCUAUUUUCCUCGUAUGCUUUUUCUCCUUUAAUCCCCACGGCCGUGUGCCAGGGUGCUUUAAUGGCUUUUCUGUCCUUGUCUCAACCUCUCCGACUCCCGUUUUUUUUACAACAGUAGUAGUAGAAGUGAAGUGGAGUGAAAUGGAAAAGAAUAAUGUGUUUUGGUCCGGACUGUACAAAACAAGCAUCGGUUUGAUGCAAGAUUCUUCUGAUGGGAUCAUGUCUAAAGGCUUAUUUGUUUGUCAAAUCAUCUGUGAUGUUUGUGAUUAUGUGUGUUACGUCACAGUGUGAGUAAAAAAACAAGCACAGGCCUCUUAAACAGCUUCUUUAGCUUUUGCACUUCGGGGCCAAAUUUAUCAAACAAACACAACAUUGUAUGAUGAUUUUUAAUUAAUGCAUUUUAUUUUAUUUUUUAUUUUUUUUUGAGAGCACUCUGUCUAAAUUGUUGAUUUUCUUUACCAAAUUCAAGACCAGUACUUUGUCUGUGCAAUAUAUAUUUAUUUACUUGAGGUAAUUUAUUAUUUAAUUGUGUAUCAUAUAUUAAUAGUUAAAAAUUAUUUUAAGCCUCUUAUGAGCGACAGUAGACAGUAUUGCACUGUUCACAAAUGUCUUUCUUCAUAUUAUACAUUUCUUUCCACCAAAUUCAAGGCCAUUGCUUGGUCUGUGCAGUAUUUUUAUUUAUAUAUUUAUUUAUUUAUUGUUGUUAUUUUUAGUUAAUUUAUUGUUUGUUUGUUUUUUGGUGUUGGUUAAAACUUCAUUUUAUGCCUCUUUCGUAAACAAAUGAGUGCUCUUCAAAUUGUUUAUAUGCAUUGUAAGAAUGAUAUCACACUUUAUGUAAAAUUAAAAAAUGAUAUUUAUGACCAUUCUUUAACAUCUAAACUGUUAUGCUUGGAGACUUUCCCAAUUAUAUAUCACCUCAUAAACACUGUCAUGGUGGCAGAAAUCAUAGAAACUAUAACCAUUAAACUAGAUCUAUACAAUUUGAUUGACUCUCUCCUCUUGUAUUUUAAUUUAUUAUUAUUAUUAUUAUUAUUAUAACAAGUAGAGUCAAUGCUUAAACUUUUGUACCUGUGGACAAUCUCUAUGUAUAUUUAGCAUUAUUGCAAUAUUACAGUGGUAUAACAUUAAUUUCCUAUGGUAAGACAAUCACGUAAUACUUGUUUACACAAUAAUACAAUAUUUGGGGAUUUUAAUUUAAGUGGUGCAUUGCUGCAUGUUUCAGUCUUGUAUAAAAACUGCUCAUGUAUAAUCUAACUAAGAUAAAAGAAGCAAUGAUUCACAGUUGGUGACUGGACAGCUAGGCAUAGUAUAACACAUUGUUUUCCCUCUAUAUGUCAACAUUCUAGUAAUGUAGCUCAGGGUGUGACUGUAUACUGUAACACUUGACACAUGGUAAAGGUACAAUCUGUAAUUUCUGAAACAGUGCCUUCUGAAUGGAUGGGAGGGGUUCUUUGGAAACAUCUGUGUGGAGUCACUGCUGACGUACAUGGGAGGGUGUUUAUUCUGAGGCAUUUCUUUAUCUAAAGGCUCUAAAGUUGCAGCAGUUAUGGAUUUUCCUUGAACUGUUUAAUUGUCAGGUGUGUGCACUGUACCACGAGGAAUUUAUUUUGAUACUACCAAUCAUCAAAAAGCAAUGUAACGAAUUCCCUUGUAAUUUUUCAACUGACAAAAACUGUAUCUAUGUUAAGCUUCUGUAAAAUUUAUCUAAAUAUGCAAACUUUCUGGAUGUCAACAUUCAAUAAACUCAUUAUUUUGCA